AUGUCAUACACAAUGUAUAACACUCCAACAAGUAAAAAACAAAAACCUACAACAAGUUACUUGGUUAGACCAAGAUUAGGUGCCAUCAGAGGUAUUUAUUCAAGUAAACCAAUGUCGUCUUAUUGUCAAGACAAAAAGAAAAAACUCAAGAAAUCUCUCGGCAAAAUGGAAUACAAGAAAAAGCCAGAUUAUGCCGACACUGCGUAUCGCGAAGCAGUUGGAAGACUCCGAAUUCUGCUAGCAGAAAGCUACACUCCAAUCAAAAGACCUCUAAGAGAAUUAGACAGUGCUGGGGAAGACACCGACAACCAAUCUCUCAUAAGUGCCACUAGUCGCACCUCGAAAGGAUAUCGUCCUUAUUAUCAGUACCUUACAAUGCCCCCAAAACGGUACUAUUACCCUUCCAUAAGACCCACAAGUGUGCUACCGCCAGAAACGGAAAAAACUGUCAUAAACGCACCAAAAUUUGAAAGCAGUUCUGCGCCACCAGAAUUAAUGUCUUUUAUAGAGAAACAAGAGGAGUAUAUUGAGCAACUUGAGAAAGAAUCCAGAUUUUGCAGGGAUGAACUUUCCUGUUUGUUAAGCAAAGUCAAAGAUGUCAUAAGCGAAAAUGAGAAUCUGCACGAAAAACAGAAAUCGAAUCUAAUGAAGUCAGUUUUUAGUCACUUAGAGACGGAAACGGAAACCGAAACUGAAGGGGAUUUAGCCCAAAAGAUCUCGCUCUCGCCUAAAAAAUCAAAAAAAUCGCGAGUCCUAGAAGGCCCCACAAUCGUUUUUGAGUCAAGAAUUUCUGAGCUAGAAGCCCAACUAACCCAAGCAAAAAUCGACCUGAGAAAAGCUCUGGAAGAAAACGACAACUACAAGAAAAAAAUUGCCGAUGGUUCGAUUUUCGAUGGAUUUGGUUUCGAGCAUUACAAAAAACAAAUUGAUUCGUUGCAGAGAGAAAAGGAUCUCUUGCAGGAGACCAUCUCCAAACUUCAAGCCGCUUUGUCCAAAGUUCGCGACAAAGAAAACGACACUUGUGAUCAAGUUAAGCGAAGUUUGGACGUGGCAGAACAAGCCCAAUACGAAAAAAAUGCCGCGGAACUUGAAAUUCGAAGACUGAAAGACGAAUUGGACCGGCAACAUGCUAAACUCAGAGAUGCGAUUUCAGAUCAAAGUCGACGAAUCUCAGAUGAGAGAAGUGCUGUUGAACGUCGAUAUACACAACAAAUCGAGCAAUUGACAGCCGAAUUGGGGGUCCAAUGGGAAACCACAAACAAACUCCAAUUGGAGUUGGAUAAGCAACGGAGGGAAAACGCAGAUUUGAGGAGGGAAAUCGCCCAGAAGGAGGCCCUGCUCGACGGCAUGCGAAAAGACAUGCAAAAUAAAAUAAUGACUCUGCAGUCGGACAUUGGGGUCAACGGGGCCGAGAAAAGCGCCCUAGAGCAACAAAUUGCAACUCUUCAGAUGACCAAUGAGAGGAAUGAGAGACAAUCAAAGCAGGAAAUCGGGCGUUUGCAGGCCGAAAUGCAGUCUUUGAGACAGAGAUUGGAUCGAGCAGAUGCUGACCUCAUUCACAGCAGGAGGGAGAAUAUUCGACUUACUGAGCAAGUGGCUUCCUUGGAAAAAGAAAUUAAGCUUAACUCUGCGUUAAGCGAAGAGAAGAGCAAGCAGUCCAGUGGCGAAGUCCUGGCUCUCCCUCCUCCCCAACAAGACAAGCAACUGUCUUCCCUGAUCCAAGACGUGGAGUCUAAACACGCGGCUACUGUAGCCGAACUCGAAGGCAUGAUCCAUUCCCAAAAUCAACUCAUGGACAAAUUGUCAACCGAAUGUCACACUCUUACCCAGAAACUGGAAGACGCCAGCGCAAGGCAUAAGGAGGAAAUACGGGAACUACAAACUAGCCUAAGUCGCUUAAAUAGUAGAUUAAAUCAGUCUCAAAUUAACUCCUCCAGUCUCAAAGAUGAGGACUCUAAUUCCCUUAGCAAUCAAAGACCUGCACCACCAAAUUUAAGCCGUUCCAAUAGCCGAUCAUCUGUUAAACCAGACCCAAUUUUAUCAAGGCAUAACAGCGAAGACAAAACACCAUCACUUCAAAACGUUUCCGAGAGAGAAUACAUUCCAGAAGAUUAUUCAGCUGAUCCGAAUCAACAGUACGAAAUGGAUCCGAAUCAACAGUACGAAAUGGAUCCGAAUCAGAUGUAUGCAACUGAUCCGAAUCAGCAGUACGAAAUGGAUCCAAAUGCGCAAUAUGAUGAGUCUUACGGACAAUACAAUGAUCCUAAUGUACAAUAUGUUGAGGAUCCAAAUCAACAGUAUCCGAAUCAAGAACAACAAGAGUAUGUGACUGAUCCGAAUAAUCCGGAUCAACAGGGGUUAUCAAAUGUGCAAUAUUCAAAUGAUCCGAAUCAGUAUUCCGAUCAACAACAAUAUCAGUAAAACAUCAGAGUUGGUGGUGGUGUUUUGGAAAAACUACAAUGUUGCAAUGUUUCGCAAAUUGGAAAAUAAAAAUAAUAAUAACAAUACAAAUAGUAUAUUCGCUUCCAAUAUCAGAGAAAAGCAACACAUGUUAUAAAUAAUUAGUGUAACUUAGAUCUUAUUAUUUUAUACUCUCUUGUUUGUAUACCUUGUAAGAAUUUAUAGA